CCAAGUCCCAACCCCUCCCCAUUCCAAUCACCGGACCACACUCCCCAGGGAAGUCCGUCCCCAUGACGACUCACGGCGGCGGAGACGCCGACAAGCAGAUGGUGCCCGUGGCCACCACCGCCAACGCCAACGGCAGCGGCACGACGGCGCUUGCGGUGCGCAAGGCCCCCUCCAAGGACCGCCACAGCAAGGUGGACGGCCGCGGGCGCCGCAUCAGGAUGCCCAUCAUCUGCGCGGCGCGCGUCUUCCAGCUCACCCGCGAGCUCGGCCACAAGUCCGACGGCCAGACCAUCGAGUGGCUGCUCCGACAGGCCGAGCCCUCCAUCGUCGCCGCCACGGGUUCCGGCACCGUCCCGGCCUCCUUCUCCACCUCCUCACCCUCCUCCUCCUCCUCCUCCUUCAUCCCCGGCAAGCGGGCCCGCGGGGCCGCCGACGACGAGCAGGUCAACGUCGCGUCCAUGGGCCCCACCCCAGGUUUCUGGGCGGCGCUGCCGGCCAGGGACUUGGGCCAGCUGUGGAGCUUCGCGCCGCAGCAGGAGUUGAUGGUGUCGGGCGAGGCGUCCGCGGCCCGGGUCGGCAACUACCUCCCCAUCCCCAUGGCGCAGGCCAACCUCAACCUGCUCGCCUCCUUCUCCGGCGGACCCGCCGGGGCAGCCACGCCUGGGCGGGUUCAGGCCGAGGAGGAGACCACCGCACACUGAAUUCAUCCGCAGACUGGCUGUGUAGGGUUUUGUUUUAGCGCUAGGGUUUCCAAUUCUUCGUCGUCGGUACUCGGGAACGCUGCUGCUGCUGCUGCUGCUCGUCUGUGUGUCGGUCAACUGUCAGUUCAGGGUACAGGGUGUGACAAGGGAAUGGAUUUGCUUGCCCCUCUUGUAAGUCGUUUCGCCUCUUCAUCUGCUUCUUAGGUCUCUUGUUCAGAUUUUUCCUCCUUUUGGCUUUAGCUGGAUUGAAUUAGGGAUUGCUUUGGGUUCAAUAAGGAAGUGAUUGUUUUUGUAGCUCCUGUAAGGCUGUAUGUAGUACAUCUAUGGAAUUUUUUCAUGUCAGUUU